GUGAGUAGCUUGUUUUACGCGCUAGAAUAUUGACCCAAAUCUGACUCCAUAGGAAGCUCUGCCUGCCCUUCACAACAAGCUUCGUGGUCACCUGCAAGCCCUGUUAACAGACGUGCCUGCUUUCGGAUUUACCACAGACAUAUGGAGUUCUUCUGUGUGUCCAAUGUCACUCCUUAGCUUCACUGCACAGUGGAUCGACUCCCAGUUUAAUUUGCAACAUGCGACCUUGCAAGCUCAGAACUUUCGCGGAUCUCACACAGCAGAUCGUGUGAGAGAGGCGAUCGAGGGGAUGCUUAACAGUUGGGGAAUAGAUAAGCCACGGGUCCAUGUCAUUUUGCGGGACAACGCGCAAAAUAUGGUGAAAGCCAUGGAUGAUUUGGAAGUAACGAGUGUGGGCUGUGUCGCACACACGCUCCAACUUGCUGUGCAUGAGGGUCUGCUGUCUCAGCGCAGCGUCAUAGACGCACUGGCCACCGCGAGGAAAAUUAUUGGACAUUUCAAACAUUCCCCGUUGGCCUAUUCCCGGCUGAAAGAUAUCCAGAAGGAUCUGAAGAUGGACGUCAAGCGUCUACAGCAGGACGUGCAAGUGAGAUGUGACAGCAGCCUCUACAUGCUGCAGAGCAUCUACAGCCUGCCAGCCACACUGACAGCCAACCAGUGGACCCUGAUGGAGAAGACAGCUGAGGUGUUAGCUCCAUUUGAGGAACUCAUGAGGGAUGUGAGCAAUCCCAAUGCAUCUGCAGCUGAUGUCAUCCCUGCAAUAACAGACCACUGACCAGGGGGUCAGAACGAUGAAGAGCACGCUCCUAGAGGCAGUGGAGACCCGCUUUGCUGAGGUAGAGGAGGAGCCACUGUACAGCAUUGCCACUCUAGUGGAUCCAAGAUACAAAGACAGAUUCUUCACAAAGUCAGACAAUCUGAGGCUUGCCACGGAUAACCUCAUCCUGGAGGUGGCGAAGAUAGAGAGGGCUGCCAGUGAAGAGCCAGAGGCAGCAGAGCCUAUGCGCAACACACCACGCCAAGAAGCAAGCAGCAGCCUGGGCAGCGUCUUGGACGAGAUCUUGGAAGAGAAUCAGCUCGAGGCCCGGUCCGUGAGUACAUCAGCUGAUGUCCAGGCUCAUCUAACGGACGGCGCGGAGCAGAGGUGGGCUUUGAGCCACCACUAUUGUGUCUGCUCCUACAAUCUGGUGACCCCGACGUGAUGAGUGCUGGUCUCUAGGAGUACCACCGACAGCCAGCGGACGAAUUUCAGUCCAGGGGAGGACACCUGCACACCAUUGACAACUAAAUCAGGACGUCCAGAUACAAAGGUGAGCAGACACCUGUUGAUUGUCAAAGUCUGUGAUUGGCUAUACUACAAAACAUUUAGAGUUGUCAGCGGCGUUCUCAGUGUCCUUAGUCAUGGUAAAAAAUACAAUACUGAACACAGUGUUUGUAGAGUCAGGUAGAUGAGUCCUGUACCUAAGGCACUAAGUGUUGGUGAAGAGUCUGGUAUUACAGUCCAGUACCUUUAACUCACUAAAGUAAGAAGGGGCUUAGAGUCAGGUAGAACAGUCCGGACCUAAGGCACCGAGUUAAAGUGCUUAGUCAGGUAUAGAGUUCUGCAGCUAAGACACUGAGUGUUUGUAAGACUCGGGUAAAUAGCUAUAAGUCCCGUUCCUUAAUUCACUAAAAAGAAGAAGAAAAAGAAAAAAAAAGUGAACCAGCGAGAGCGUGAGGUAGUUUAGUCCGGCACGGCUGACUCGCUGGGAACAUUAUGUAGACUAUAGACUGAAUAUUAUAUGUGGGUUUUCAAGAGGAGAUACGCAACUUUCAAAAUCAAUUUGAAACGACCGGAUCUCGCAAACUCUUGCUGUGGGGGUGAUCUGAACGGCUAAACGUGACGAUAAAGGAUUUGUUUUGGUUUGGGUUAAUCUCCUUGUGUCGGUCGCAUCUCUAUAUAGGGGUGUCGAAGCACCGGCAAAGACCAGAAUUAUCUGUUGAAAUAUACAUCGCACAAAAAAAAAGCCGGACAGAAUGUAUAAGGGAAUAAACUCUGUGUGAACUUUUUACGUCGAAUCUGUGUAAUAAUUGAGAAAAUAGAGCAUAGCAGGAGAUACACAAGACAAUUGCAGAGCUGAGAGCUUCAUCAAGACAGAGGAAGCUCAUUUGUGGUCAGCUGCUCCCUCUGGUGGCGAACAGGGUGUAACAAUAUUCUGGGAUUGGAACUCUGAAUUCAGAAUAGAAUAUAGGACGACAAGAUUUGUCCAGUGUAUUAAUAAAUACAAGUAAUUUAGUCAGAUAAUAGAUACGAAGUCAAUUAUGGAAGAAAAGUAAAAGAAAAAGAGCAAGCUAUUCAUCACAAUUGUAUUUUUAUGUUAUGAAUAAAACAAAAAGAAGUAGCCUAAGUGAUAAGCAGAAGGGUUUUUGAACGCUUGUCAGUCAGAAGGAAUCUAUUAAUGUGUAAGACAGGGGUGCUUAUGCCCGCUUCGGUUUUCAAUGUCCGCCAUCACGUUAAAACAGAGGAUUGGUGGCAUUUUCAGUUCAUUGCUUGCUUCCACACGCCUUUUCCCCUCCUUGUCUCUUUCAUGACUUUAGUUCAUGCAUUAGAACGAUUGCUAUAGUAACUUUCCGUGUUUCUGGAAGUCAAACUCACUGUUCACAUUACGGAGUAUAUUUCCGGAGCGGCCUUUCAAAAUAAAAGCCACAGACCGCUGUUCACCAGAGAUGCCUUCACAAUAAAACGGUAAUUAGCUUAACAAUAUAUUUAACUUAUAUUACGUCCUUAAACAUUGAUUUUAAUUCAUUACAGUUUUCAAAUACGGCGCGGAUUGAAUACAGUUAUUUGUGUAUUCUGUUACAACCUCACCAUGCUUGUAACACCACUUAGAUACACAAUUUGAAAAUGAAUAGCAUUAACCAAGUAGAUAAAAGAUUAGUAGCCUUUAGUGGUUAAGGAGGGUGUCCUUGUUUUGCCUAUUAACUAAGAACUGAAGUAAUAAAGAAUAGGCAGACUACUACCAUUAGUUUGUUUUAACAUUCACAUGUUUCAGCAUUCCUGACCUCAGCCGUUUUAUUUUGUAACCCGUUGGGAGAGAGAUUUAAAUUGAGUUUUUCUCAGUAGCUGAAUGUGAUUACAGCAGCAUUGGAUAGUUCUGCACCACCUUUUGGGUUCUCUGAAUCAGUGUGUUGGUGAGGAGUUGCUCACUGCAAACAGAAGAAGUGUGCAAAGAACGCAUCUCUGAGGAGAUAUUGACAUGUUGCUUGUGCCUCGUUGUCAAGGCAACAGUGGUGUGAAGAGGUACUGCGGUUUUGGGGGGAUUUCUGCUGUACAGAGGACAACGUGUGUCUGCCAAGUGAUUCCUUCCCUCAUCCCAAUGCCAGGGAGAGUUUCCUUGGAGCCCACUGACCAGGGCCGGUCCUAGCUUUUUUGGGGACCCUGCCCCUGACUACAGCUGCAUCACUGACUGUGCUCAUUAUGACAAGGUCUUGAGACAUGCUUGCCUCAGAUGGUUCAGACUCUGAAGGAAUGAUGCAAUGAUUUUACAGCAUAAUUGUGCAAGAGUUUCCCGGGGGGGGGGUGUAGAAACCUUAAUGCUUAAUGUUUAGAUAAGAGGCUGCUGGUUUAAAUGAUGGUCUGGAAUACUGAAAAGAUUAAAGUUUAAUAUUCUUGGUUAGCAAACAAGACAUCUGAUUAUUAUGUCACACAUAAUAAUCUUGUUAUAGAAACUAGCUAUGGGUAAAACGUGUGGUUGUUAUACCAUUGUUAUCAUGAACAAAAGAUAAAUAAGG